AUGGACGCUGGUGGCCGGCUUCUGGAGCUUAUAGAGAAGCUUUGUAACGAGUACAGCAAUGUUAACGGUUCAUGGAAGGGUAUUAAUGAAUUUACAGAUAUUAAGGAUUUGGAGCAAAUGGGGAAGCCGGAGGUGGGGGAGCAGAAGGAGGGGGGGCGGAAGGAGGGCGAGCAAAAGGAGUGGGGAAUGGGGGAGAGGAAGGAGGGGCAUAUGGAGGAGCGGAAGUUGGGGGAGCGGAGGACUCACCAGCUCCAUGUGCAGGCGGAAUACCUGAAACAGCUCGCAGAGGGAGUCAAGAAGGUGGAGGGGCGAUGCAACCUGCCUCCCUACAGCAGCAUUAUUGCAGGUGAUUGCAUCACAUUCAAUAACACCCUUACCCUCGCCGUUCAGUCCGUGCAGGCUUACCCCACCUUCACCCAAAUGCUAACGUCUGAAGGACUCUCUGCCGUGCUUCCUGGAGCUGAGACGCUGGAGGAAGGACUGGCAGUCUAUCACAAGUUUUACUCAGAGGAGAAAGAGCAUCGAGCAGGUGUGCUUGCAUUGAGAGUGGAGCCCACUGUAACGGGGAUGGGAGGAACAGAGGAUUUUCAACAGCCGUGCGGGACUGGUGACGUGGAUGGGAGACAAGCUGACGCGACCAGAUCUCAAGCUGAUGUGGCCGUGUGUCAAGCUGACGUGGCCAUAUGUCAAGCUGAUGUAAAAUCCCAGCUGGAGCCCCAACUGGCUUCGCUUAUCCACCGAAUCCUCGUUGCCGUGGGUCCACGUGGCGUGAGCCGAUUGGUGGGGAUGCGAGUGACUGAGGGGAGUGUGCUGACCGCCCUGCCUCCCUCUCGCUCUGCUCUCCUAGCGUCGUUCCAACAGCCUGUGAAAGGGGGAGUGAAGGGGAGGAAGGAGAAGAAGCAGCGGCAGAGAGAGCAGAGGCAGACAGUGCAGAGACAUGAUGAGAAGGAGAAGCAACAGGAGCAGAGGGGGCAGGGGCAGCAGGAACAGCAGGAACAGCAGGAGGAGCAGGAGCAGAAGCAGCAGCAGCAGCAGCAGAAGGAGCAGGAGGAGGAGCAGGACGAACAGGAACAGCAGCAGCAGGAGGAGCUGUCCAGGCUCAUUGGAUGUGCAGCAGAGAGUGCAGUGUGCUGCAGUUGCCAAGGCGAUUCAGAUGUGGGGUGUGCAUUGCUGCAACAAGCAGCUCAACCACCAGCAGUGCUGAAGCCCCAUCCUCGCGCGCAUGUGCAGCCGCUGACAGUGGGUGCGAGGGCUCUCUCUAAACACUGCCACCGGGGGAGAGACGGCUUCUGGGGCGAUGCAUCUGGACCAGAUGCAAGGAAGAACCAGCAUGCCUUGCAGUGUCUCACCAGCCUGUUAGACGGUGCCACGUGGAUGAACAUGCAUGCCCUGCCACACGACCUGCCGGUGUUUGAAGUGCGGGGGAGCGAAGGGUACGGGGCGCGAUGGAGUGCUGACGGCAUGCAGUUUCGGGGCCCGCUCGCGUUCCGUUAUCGCCUCUCCGUGUUCUCCGCCUUUCCGCCUUCACCUUUUCGCCUUUGCCCUUGCGCGCACGCCGCUCCGCCUUCUCCGUUCUCCACACGCCUUUCUUCCUUUGACUUUCCGCACGCGCCCUCCCGCUCGCACCCUCUCCCGUCGCGCCUUCCCCUGCGCCUUCCCCCGCGGGCCUUUUCCCCGCGCGCCGUUCCCCGGCGCGCCGUCAUGGUCGCGUUUAUCGUAGGCAACAGCCAUCCCGCCAUCCCCGUUUCCGCCAUCCCCACUUCCAGAGAUUACUCCGCCGGUUCCGCCGCCGUCACUGCCGCCACCGCCAGUGCCGCCGCAGUUUCCGUCAAUUCUGCCGCCUCCGCAACCUGCGGCUGCGCAAGCAGGUCGUGCAAGCCGACAAAUUUAGACCGAACGGAUGGAGAGCAGGUUUCGAAUCCUAGCCGUCCGACCACUUGUUGCGGAACCGACGGUCAAGAUGUAGCUAAACGGACGGAGCUGAUUCCAGGCUUGCCUGAUGACGUGGCAGUAAAAUGCCUCGCGCGAGUGUUGAUCGUCUGCCACCACAGCUGCAGGGCUGUAUCCCGCACGUGGCACGCUCUCUUCUCAUCGCCGCUCCUCUUUUCCGCCCGGCGAAUCGAGGGGCGGCAGGAGCAGCUGCUCGCGCUCUUCCACGGCGAUCCCUCUGUUUCGGGUGGCUGGCUGCUGCACCAAUCACAGCGCGACACCUGUCCCACAUCCAACCAAUCACAACUCACAGGUCCCUCACCCUCAUCCAACCAAUCACGCAGCGCCACGUGGCGCCGCCGGCGCAUCCCUCCCAUGACCCCCACACUCAACACCUACGGGCUGUCGGGGUUCGGCCUGGCUGCUGCUGACACGUGUCUCUUUCUGAUUGGCGGAACAGUUUUCGACGCCACCGCCUAUCCAUCCGAUCGACCCGUACCCACGUCCGGAGUGUUCUCGUUUGAUUCUAUCUCCAACCAGUGGCGCCAGUGUGCUUCUAUGGCUCAGCCUCGAGCCUCUUUUGCCGCUGCCUCCCUCCCUUCUCAUCCUCCUCGCCUUUCUUCCAACAUCAACAGCAGCAGCAGCGGCGGCGGCGGCAGCUGCAGCAGCAGCAGGAACAGCAAAAUUACAGGUUUGUCGGUUAGUAGGGUUGGCGGAUCAGUGGUGGCAGGGGAAAUGGAGUGCACGGGAAGUAGGGGAGCGGUUCUAGUGGCAGGGGGGAGUCACAGCCCGGCCCCUGCCAUGGCUGGCAGUGUCCAGCUGGCAGCCGCUGAGUGGUAUGACGUGGCAAGUGACACGUGGCAUCCUCUCCCGCCACUGCCAGAGGCCAGAGGGGGUUGUGUGGGUGCACUUGUGUCUUUGUCUGCUGGCGACUGUGACAGUAGGGGGGGCAGAGGUGACAGCGGCAGGGGCAGGUGUGACAGCAGGGGGGGCCAAUGUGACAGUACCAAGGGUAAGUGUGACAAUAGCAGGGGUAGCUGCAGGGGGGAGUGCUGCAGCGGCAGCGAGAAUAACACGAUGAUGGCGGUCGUGGGAGGGUUUGGUUCGGAACUUGACUGGCAGGUACCAGCAGGAGUGGUGGGUGCUGCGGCUCCGGUCCGGCAAAUCCGAGCCUUCCUCCCCUCCGCUCGUGCAUGGGUCUCAAACCCCUCCAACACCUCAAAUCCAUCAGACGUUUCAAAUCCGUCAAACGCGGCAAUGCUGAAUUCAAACCCUGCAGCAGCUGCUAGUGGUGAGCAGGUUUCGACACUGUCGUCAGCUGCUGGUGAGUCUGGGUUGAACCUCGCAGCACCAGCAGCAGCAGCAGCAGCAGCAGCAGCAGCAGCAGCAGCAGCAGCAGCAGAGGCGGUGAGGGGGGUGUGCUUGCCGGUGGAGCGGCGCACUGCAGGCCCGGUGGCAGUGCUGCAAGGGCGCCUGCGCCUUCCCCCCCAGCAGCACGCCUACUGCCCCAGGACUAACACGUGGAGGACUGAACCGCUGGUUGCUGUGCUUCAAGGGGUGAGGAUGGAUGGCCGGGGAGGGGCAGGAGGAGCAGGGGGAGCAGCAGGAGGAGGAGGGGUUGGAGGAAGGGAGCUGCUGAAGACGGCUGUAGUGAUGUGCAUGUAG